AUGGUUACUCUUACCAAACUACUGACGAGUGCUCUCGCUCUGUGCUUCGCUCUCGCUGGCAGCAUCGAUGUGGUGCCCGCCAUACAGCACACUCCUAAUCUUGUCACGGCGUGCAUCGCGCAGACGGUACUAGGUCCACACAACAUUUCCACUUCGUUUCCAACAGCUAUGUCGCAGACGACGCCGAUACUUCAUGUUCAGACACAGUUGGAGCCGUUUCCGGAGGCCUCUCGUCAAUGCAAUCACGAUUCUCACGAAAUGGGCCGCGUCAUCACUCUCAACGUUGCUCCGGAGCAGAAGCCCUUCAUAUUCCACGAAUUCAUCUUGAAGAAGAUCAAUUUGACCGAAAAUUGGCUCAUGGCUGUGAGCGGCGGUUCGGCGGUGAAUGGCACAUAUCAAAUACCAGAUGAAGAUCCUCACGCAUGGACAGACCUUUGGGAAUUGGCAUACUACGGAAAUUUCACAUGCAACUUGGCCAAGCUCAAAUCCAAUCUGGAAUCGGCAGCCGCGGCUCAUCAUAGGAAGCAAUACCAGAUAUCUGCCCUCAGGAGGAUGCGACUAUACCUACUUGCAACAAGAUUUCAUGGCGAAGAUGUUCGCAACAGAGUAAUGGACUCCUUUCUCGAUGGCUGGGUCUACUAUUUCCCUGAGCUUCUCGAGCUUGUCUUGGAGGCAGAGAUUCCGCAAGAGGAUCCAAUGAGAUCUUUGCUCAAGCAUGCGCUGGCAUUCGAAGUACUCGAUGGGUCCUCUGACUGGGGAACUUGGAGGAAGCAUCAACCAGGUCAAUACGCCUUCUACGAGCAAAAUGUCAAUCGGUCGAACUUCUUGAAUCAGGCAAUGAUGGAAUAUCCAAAUGGGACAUACCCGGGCUGGACCUGGGAGUCGAGAUGCAGAUGGCAUACUCAUGGUUCCACGCCAGCAUGCCAUCCAGAAGUCGAUCCCGGAGCCAAGAUAGAAAGCGGUCUGGCGGUAGUGAAUGAUCGGCGCAAUCCACUUUCCUACCUGAAGCGUUGGUAA